AUGCAAGCGAUCGAAUGGGGCCUGAGGGAAAAGGGAUGCAUCCCUUCGAACAUACUCGAGCACGACAGGCUGCCAGAAUGUGCCGAUAGCAGCUUUCGUUUGGAUCAUUCCUUACAGAAAGAAUUCCCAUGUUAUCCACCGUGUUCUUCAAUGGAAUGGCGAUUAUCCUCGUCCCAUUUACGGACUCCUCGAGGAAUGAAGAUAACGUUCGAAUUCAGCAAAAAGAUGGAGAUUAUGGUUGAAGUUAGAAAAUUGGGCAUAACAGACGUACUAUCAUUCGUUGGAGGUGGCACAUCAUUAUUUCUUGGCUGCAGCUGUGUGACUUUAAUGGAGACGUUCGUGUUUCUUCUAAAAUUGGUCCUUCAAUCAUUCAAUAAGGAAACAUUCGAGAGCAUGACGUCAGCGAUUCCGGAUAUGUUCAAACUUUGGAAUCCGGAUCCACAAAUUUCAAAGGAUGUCAUCACAAGAAUCGACGCUGUGAAUGAAGAAGAUGUUAUCGGUUCCACUAGCAUGCAGGCGUCACCGCAUAAAUCGAUUCAUUGUGUUCGCUUCUUGCAUUCAACCGAAAAUGAUGAAAACGAUACACGUACGCGACAUUAUAGACCUCGUCCACCGUCUCUGUCAGAGUUGAAAUUCAGGUGA